GUGCCAUUAUGAAGUAAUUGUGCAUCGAUUUACAAAUCAUGGGAACGGGGAUUUUGAUUUUAAUCAGUAUUGUCACAUCGAAUAAUUAUGAUGAAUUUAAUUUGCCAUUUUGGUGCAAAUGAACCGAUUGCUCUCGAUAAAUUAAUCCCAUGUUGAUGAUGAUGCUGAUGCUGCCACUGCUGCUUUGUCAGAUGAUCUUAUCUCAUAACAUUGUUGUUCCAAAGAAAAUCACUACAUCGGAUUUGAAUGACGAUUGAAACGACAAUGUAGAUAACAGCAGUAGCGGUAGAGACGGUGGCUACGGCAACAGCACCGACGACGACGACGAUGAUGAUGACGACCAUAGAACGUGUACGAGACUAGUCGAUUCGUCAUUGUGCGAUACAUUACUGUGAAUUGUGUGUAUACGUUUGUCGCAAUCAAGUUGUGCAUUGCCAUCAAAUUAACAUGUAUCCGAAUAAAUCACUAAUUAUUGAUGUGCCUCACACAAAACCACUUAAUUUCUUUCGAUCGGUUAAUAUUUUGUUGAACGUUAAUUAAUGUGAAUUGAAAUCAUAUGACAAUAAAUGGCAUUCAAUCAUUUAUUUGAUAAAAAUUUUAUCCACAUUUAAGGCUUGCUAUGCCAUACAUUUUUCACAGUCAACCAUCAAAUUUACAGCCCACAACAAACAAAUCAAUCGGUGUCUGGUUCAAAGCUAAAUAACGUACACAGCAAAAAAUCUAAACUAAACGAAAUCAAAACGAAUACACAUUAAAAUGGUUCAAGCCCUGAGCAUAAGUGAUUUGGUGCCAUCGGUGAACUUGGAACUGUCACAGCGAACACAAGCGCCCGCAGAAGAUGAGCAAAAAUUAGAAUACAAAGGUCCAAAAUGUUGGAGAUAUUUGGUGCGAUAUUGGUCAGAAAUAUCACAACCGCUGGCGUUACUCGGAAUCGGAUUAAUCAUAUGGACGUUGGGAAAGAUACUGUUGCCCGCAUAUAUAACGCUGGAUUCGGCGCCAACACGAAUGGCCGUGCUGUUUAUCGGCGGUCAGAUAUUUGGCAUUGUAUUGCGUCUGCUAAAUUGGCCAGAAAUGCUUGGAAUGAUUGGAUUUGGCAUGCUUUUUGCAAAUGUGGGCUAUGCCAAUUUCGAUGGAUACACGGAGCUGGAGGCGUUUUUUAGAGACUUAGCACUGGUGAAUAUAAUGCUGUUGGCUGGAAUGGGAAUCGAUUUAAAAGCGCUCGUGCAGAAAUUAUGGCCCGUGUUACGAUUAUCCGUUUUACCAACGGUUGGAGAGGUACUUAUCAUCGCUGUUAUCGCCAAAUAUGUACUCCUAAUGCCAUUUAUUUGGAGUUUCUUACUUGGAUUGAUCAUAACGGCUGUGUCACCCAAUGUCGUUAUCGACAUUGUACUUUGGCUGAAAAUUGAAAAACUUGGCCUCUACAAAGGCAUUCAUACCAUCAUCAUUGCUGUCACCACAAUCAACGAUGUACUGUCGAUAUUCUGCUUCAAUGUUGUGCUCGGUGUUAUAUUUUCAACAGGGUCACUGCACCAGCAAUUAUUACAAGGUCCGGUGGGCAUUGCGAUUGGCUUUGUUUUCGGAUUUGUGUUUGGUAUAGCGGUUAGCAAAGUGUUACCAUCGGAAAAAUCGAAAUAUGCGAACAGUCUUCGGUUUAUGUUGAUGGUUUUGGGUGGUUUGCUGUCAGUCAUCGGCAGCCGAGCUAUUGGAUUUACGUCAGCCGGAGCUUUAGGAUGUUGUACGCUGGCCGCUGCCUGUGGACGAAGUUGGAAAAAACCAAAGCACAUAAGAAACGUUGACGUAUUGGACAAACUAAAUCUGCUGUGGAAAUUCGUGAAACCAAUUUCGUUCGCUUUAAUUGGAAAGGAAGUGCUGUUCUCUAAGCUGGAUGCUCAAGUUGUCGGCUUUGGCGUAUUAAUAGUUAUUAUUGGCUCUCUGUGUCGUCUGCUUUUGUCUUACGCGUUGACUUAUGGUGCCGAUCUCAAUUGGAAAGAACGAUUGUACAUCACCAUUUCUGGAUUUCCAAAAGCUACCGUGCAGGCUGCAUUGGCACCGAUCGCAUUAGACAUGGUGCGGCUAAAAAAUCUGACGGAAUAUCAGCAUAUGGCAAGCAUUGUGUUAAUUGUCAGUGUGUUGGCAAUCGUCUUAACAGCACCCAGCGGAGCUAUAUUGAUGGUGAAGUUAGCACCAAAGUUUCUACUAAAGGAACCCACCGUGGGAUGAAUCGCGUCGAAAAUUCGUUAUUUUAGAAACAGUUUUACUCCGAAUUAUACACUUACAAACCUCCAAAUCAAAUGCUUCCGAAUUAUGUGAAAAUUUUGAAAUAAAAUCAAAUGCUCUUUGUACUAAAA